AUGAAGAGGCCUAAGACUGGCGGUGGUCCAAAGCCCCCAAGUCCAUCUCCCGCAGAAAAAUCCAUCUUGGAUAAUUUGGACGGUAGACCUUCUUUGGAAGGUAUACCUGGUGGGAUUGAUACAUCUGAUCUGUUGCCAAUCCAGCCUUCCACCUCCUCAGACAUGCCUGAAAAGAUAAAAGAGACAAGAGAUUCUGGUAAGUCAAAGAAGAGAGUGACAGUUCAAGAUUUGGAACAGAAGAACCUUGGUCUGGAAAAAGAGAAGUUGCACGAACAAAUUAUGAAGAUCAAGGAUGAAAGAGAGCUAAUCCAAGCACAGAAGUCCUAUUAUGAUUUAAAAUUUCAAAUAUUAGUUAAUUCACAUCCAGAAGUGGUAGCUCAGAUGUUAAAAAGUAAUGAAAUUUAAAUGUCUCACACAUAGCUCAGGUGAGCUAUGUGGCCCCUGGGUUCUUAAUGUCUAAAAGUACGGGUAGGGACAUAAUGACUCUGGUGAGAGUUGUGGACCAUGAAUCUCUUAUUCAACAUUCAUAAGUGCUUUUACACACUUGUACAAAUUAGAUCCUCAAGUAAAUGUGUAUAUUUAGAUUGAUGUUAAAUGUGUAUAUUUAAGAUUGUUGAAUGUAUAGCAUUUAAACCAUUAAGUCGUUAAAUAUUUUCAUCAAAAUUUGA